GGCAACUCCUUUUUUUUUUCCAUUUAGGUGGUUAGUCCACCUUUUCUUUUUCCCUUUUUUUCUUCUUUUUCUUUCUCACUUUUUUUUUUAAAAAAAUGUUUCUUAAAGAACCUCGUAAAAUCAUUGGAGUUGAUCUUGAUCAAACACUUGCACAUACAUUAGAGAGUUUGACAGAGUGGCAUAAUGAUAGCUAUGGGACUCAAUUGAAGGUUACGGAUUUUAAUAGUUUGGAUUACUGGAAGAUUUGGGGAGGUACGAAAGAAGAGAGUUGUAUGAAAGUGAGAGAGUUCUAUGACUCUGUACAUUUUGAACAAAUCCAACCCAUCAGGGACUUUGCAUUGGAAGCACUCAAGAUGCUCAAGAGACGAAAUUUUACCCUCGUUAUUAUUACCUCCAGACAACAGUUUGUAGCAGAAAAGACAAAGCGAUUUGUAGAUAGACAUUAUCCAGGCAUUUUUGAAAGCAUCUAUUUCUGUAACUUGAAUCUGUCUGAUACAGAGCAAAUGGAGUAUAUUUCUAAACCCAAGUCUGUGAUUUGUCAAGAGAUUGGUGUAGAUGUAUUAAUUGAUGACAGCCUGGAACAUGCUUUUGAUUGUUCUAAUCUGGGGAUAGAUAUUCUGUUGUAUGACCAUAAGGGCAAGUACAGUUGGAAUCAUGAGGAGUGUGUACCCAAAAAGAAGCAUUGUCCACCCACCUUGACAUCCACCUCCAAAAGAUUAUAUGGUCAACAUACCCCUCAUGAAAUAUCCAAGAAUAUUCAUCGUAUGAUGAAUUGGCGUGAUAUCAUUGCUCAAUUCCCUAAACCCACUAGUCCACUGCGGUAUUGUUAUUUCCCUGAUUCCUUUACAGAAGAAGAAGAUAGUGUUGAAGAAGACGAUGAUGCCGUUUUUGAUAGUCCCAACUGUCGCUAUGAAACAGUUGAAGUAGAAAUGAGUGAUGAUGAAGAUUGGAAUAAUUGGGUUUAAAAAAAAAAGUUUAAAGCGAAAAAAAAAAAACUUAUUGUACAUUUCACGUUUUUUUUUUUUUUUUUUUUUUUUUUUUCGUUCUUUUUUGCUUUUUUUUUUUUUUCUUUUUUUUUU